GGAAGAAGGCAGGGGAUGUGAAGUUUGUGAAGUUUGUUGUUUUGAUAUCUGGAUUGAAGAGACGAGAGAACUGAUUGGAAUUUUGAUGAAAAUUUCGGAGAUGGUAUGAGGAUCCGACAAGCACAAUCCUGUACAGGAAUAGCUACGAACUAAGAGUUUCAUUCACUUCAGAUACGAUUGUUACCUGUUUCUCGCCAUCGUCUAGUUCUACCGGCAGGGACUUACUGAACCGCGAAUCUCAAUCAUACUACCCAACCCAAUCAAUCUAUCGACAAAAUAUAAAAACAUAACACUUUCAUCAUGGGUGUCACCGGUCUUUGGACCAUCGUCCAACCUUGCGCUCGUCCUACUCCCCUCCCGGCUCUAAAUCGCAAACGUCUCGCCGUCGAUGCCUCAAUUUGGAUCUAUCAAUUCCUCAAAGCCGUGCGUGAUAAAGAAGGAAAUGCUCUUCGGAAUUCACACAUCGUAGGAUUCUUCAGAAGGAUAUGCAAAUUAUUGUUUCAUGGAAUUAAACCAGUUUUUGUAUUUGAUGGUGGCGCACCGAUAUUAAAACGUCAAACGGUUCUGGGUAGGAAAAGAAGGAGAGAAGGAAGGAGAGAAGAUGCUGUUAGGACGGCGGGGAGAUUGUUGGGAGUACAGAUGAAGAGGAGAGCGGAGGAGGAAGAUAGUGAAAGAAAGAAGAGGGAAAGAGAAGGGAGAAAUAAACCUACGAUCGAGAAAGAAGAAGUUGUGCCGGAAGAACAAUUGGCGUAUGUGGAUGAGAUAGGAAUGUCGGCACAAGAACGACAAACGAGUCGAAAAUUCUACAAAAAAGAUGCAUAUCAUUUACCCGAACUUACAAAUGGGAUAGAAGGGAUGGGAAGGCCGGAAGAUCCGAGGAUCAUGAGUGCGGAAGAAUUGGAAGAAUAUGCGAGACAAUUUCACAAUGGGGAAGAUGUUAAUUUGUAUGAUUUCAGCAAGAUAGAUUUUAAUGGGGAGUUUUUUAUGAGUUUGCCGGCUGUGGAUCGGUAUAAUAUCUUGAAUGCGGCGAGGUUGAGAAGUAGAUUGAGGAUGGGGUUGAGUAAGGAACAAUUGGAAGAGAUGUUUCCAGAUCGAAUGGCGUUCUCGAGAUUUCAGAUUGAAAGGGUUAGGGAGAGGAAUGAGUUGACUCAGAGAUUGAUGAAUUUGAAUGGGAUGAAUUCUGAGGAGCAUAUGUUUGGGGUUAAUGGAACGAAUAGAAUUGCGGGGGAGAGAGGGAGGGAAUAUGUUUUGGUUAAGAAUGAUGGGGUUGAAGGUGGUUGGGCACUAGGCGUGGUUUCAUUGGAGAAGGGGGUGGGUGAUAGGAAUAAACCCAUCGAUGUAGAUGAUUAUGAUCAGAGGAAAAAUAAGGUUAAUUUGGUAUCGGAAUCUGAGGAGGAUGAUUUUGAGGAUGUUCCUGUUGAGGGCUUGAACCGAUUACCGAAAGCCAGAGAUAAUGAGCGGAACUUGACUUAUAGCGAAUUUCAAGCAAGAGAGGUUGCCAAUAGGAGAAGGGAAUACGAAAAUUCGAGAAGAGAAUCAAAUACGCGGCGCGUAAGAAUGCCAUCUGAAGAUCCUGAUUCUCUUUUUGUGGAUGAUACAGGUGGAAAACCGGGACCUAGUCACACGGUAGCUACUUACGAUGAUGAAGAUGAAGAUAUAAAUCGUGCAAUCGCCAUGUCAUUGCAGCAAGACCAGGGCCAAGAUGAUGAGCUUGAUGAGGAAGAUCAUCUGAAUCGAGCUAUCGAGUUAUCACUGCAGAAAGGACAUGGUCAAGAGGAAGAGGAAGAUGAUCCAUUUGAGGAUGUUCCCAUGCCAGAAUAUAAGCAAAGAGCAGUAGCAGAUACUAGACCUCUCACCAAAUCGAGCGGGAAAAUGAUUGCUCAUAUGGUCAAUAAUAGAGCUAAUGCUGCUGUACCGAGACGGAAAGAAGAUAGCGAGAAGCUGGAUAGUGACAGUGAUAGCGAUAUGGAUUUCCAGGCGGCAUUGAGGAAGGCAAGAACACAGAAAGCGCCGGAAAAAUUUCAUCAAGUAGCACCAGUUGCUGUAAAUAAGAAGAAUCCUUUCGAUGGCCCGUUGCCGUUUGAGAGUCUUCAGUUUAAAUCUUCUCUUUUCGGCAAGAAAAAACAAUCAGAAAAGUUGGCUGAAGACCCUCAAGAAGAGGAUGAAGAGGUGCUUGCUGGCGGUUUCGAAAAGGAUGAUGAGGAAGAAAAAGCAAAACCUUUACCUCCUUGGCUAGUUGGUAAUGAUGAUAUCAGAUCACAGGUUCAACAGCAACGCAAGAAAGAUCAAGAAUUAAAUGCUAAGGAUCGCGAAAGGGCAGAGCAGGAUGAGAGGAUCUUUCAACGUGAUCAUGGUGUCAUUCAUCUGGAUUCUGAUGAUGAGGCUAAUGAUAGUGAUGUGGAAAUAUUGGAUAAAGCUCCUACGCUUGAAGUGGCAAAAGAGAGUGUGGAUGAUUUAGCGGAUGUUGUUAGUGCCGAAUUACCAAAAUCUGAUACUGCUCAGGAUAGACAGCUACUGGUCGAACCUCGCGCCAAAAAUACAGUUGAUUUGCUACGGGAUUCUGAUGAGCCGGUUGAAUGGUCUGAAAGCGAUUAUGGGGAUUUUGUCCCUGAGUCUAAAAAAGCUUUAGAUGCAGGUAACGCUGCGUCAGUGAGCAUAAAAGGGACUUCUUUGAAAUCAAGAUCACCAUCUCCCGUCUUCGAAGACGUCGAUCUCCCGGAUGUUCAAGCAACUGAACCUCCUCAACCCUCAAAUUCUACAAGAAAAAGCCCAUCACCAGUAUUUGAAGAUGUUGAUAUGGAGAAUCCUACAACUAUCAUACUGUCUGGACCAGCAGAACCUCCCCGACCACCCCUUGACGAUGCAUACGAUCGUCAAGAAGCCGAAGCAAUUCCAGACGAAUUCGAUUUCAGUGACCCAGAAGAGGAAGAACUUAUGGCCCAACUUGCGAUUGAAGCAGAAGAGCAUGCUAGAUUCGCCAGUACCCUGAACAAUAAAUCUGAGAAAGAAAACCAUGAUUCGUAUGAAAAAGAACUCAAAGCUUUACGAAGUCAACAAAAGAAAGAUCGUAGAGAUGCGGAUGAAGUAUCGCAUAUCAUGAUCACGGAAUGUCAAGCCCUACUUCGUUUAUUUGGUAUUCCCUACAUUACUGCACCAAUGGAAGCAGAAGCUCAAUGUGCCGAACUGGUACACCUUAGUCUUGUAGACGGUAUAGUUACAGAUGAUUCGGAUAUCUUCCUUUUCGGCGGUACACGCGUUUAUAAGAAUUUAUUCAAUAGCAAUAAACUCGUUGAAUGCUAUCUCUUAUCCGAUCUUGAAAAAGAACUUUCUCUCUCUAGAAAUCAACUUAUCUCAAUUGCACAUUUGCUAGGUUCAGAUUACACAGAAGGUAUACCAGGCAUCGGCCCCGUCACCGCCGUAGAAAUUCUUUCCGAAUUCCCCUCCCAAGCCGGUCUCCAAGAAUUCAAAGAGUGGUGGUCCACCGUUCAACACCCUCUCACUACUCCUCCACUCGCAAGCGAACCAACACUCUUCCGUAAAAAAUUCCGUCGCUCACAAGCUACCAAACUCUUCCUACCUCCAGGCUUCCCCAGCGCAGCAGUUACAGAAGCAUAUCUAAAACCAGAUGUUGAUAGCACAACUGACGCUUUCCAAUGGGGAGUCCCAGAUCUAGGACAGUUGAGAGAGUUUCUAAUGAGUACAGUUGGUUGGAGUCAAGAGAGAGUAGAUGAGAUACUAGUACCGGUUAUUAGGGAUAUGAAUAGGCGGGAGUUGGAGGGGACUCAAAGUAAUAUUACGAGGUUUUUUGAGGGGAGUGUUGGGGUGGGAGGUUUGGGCGCUGGUAGUGGUAGUGGUGCGGGUGGAGAAAGGGAAAAGGGUGGAAGUAAGAGGAUGAGAGAAGCGGUGGGGAAAUUGAAGGCGAAGAAAAAAGGAAAUGCGUUGAAGGAUCGAGGGACUUUUGCUGACGAUGCAAGAGAGUGGGCGAAGAGGAAUGAAUUGAGUGUUGGGGCGCAGGAGAGGAAGAAAGCAGAGAGUGCCAGUGGAAAAGGAAAUGGGAAGGGAAAGGGAAAGAGGAAGAAGAGGAGUGUGCAGGAGAUGGAUGGAGUUGAUACUGGGGAUGAGGAUGAAUAUGCAGACGCAGAUCAAGACGAAGAUGCAGAUAUUGAAACAGAAGAGAAUGAACCAGACGAUGAAGGUGAUGAAGAGGCUACUAUAACUAUACCAAAGCCAUCCUGCUCCCGCUCUACCUCUGGAAAAGCUAAAGGUGGGGGGAAAAGUACUAAUAAAGCCCACAAACAAGGCGCUAAACGGAAAAAGAUUUAAGAUCUCAGAAUUAUCUAUCUUAUGUACAUAUGACUUAUACAAAUGCCUAAAUGAAUUACCAUAGUUCUUUGAAAAUCCGAACGUAACUAAUACUAUCGAUAUCUCGAUAUCUCGACAUCU